UCUUGGCUUUCCCACAGCACCUGUGUUAGGAUGGCAGCCAAAGGAAAUGGAACCCCCAGUGCUCACUUUGUCCUCUUGGGAUUCUCUGAGCAGGGCAAUGUCCAGGUUGCCCUCUUCGUGGUGUUCUUGGUGAUCUACGUGAUCACCCUGCUGGGGAACUUGGGGCUGCUGGUGUUGAUCUGGCGGCUUGCCCAGCUCCACACCCCCAUGUACUUCUUCCUGAGCAGCCUGUCCUUCCUCGACCUCUGCUAUUCCUCCUGCAUCACUCCCAGGCUGCUCCGGGAUCUCCUGGAUGAGGACAAGGUCAUUUCUCACGCUGCGUGCCUCACGCAGUUCUGUUUCUACGUGGCCUUCGCCACCACCGAGUGCUACCUCCUGGCUGCCAUGGCCUACGACCGCUACGUGGCCAUCUGCCAGCCCCUGCUCUACUCCCUCUCCCUGUCCCCAGGGACCUGUGCGCUCCUGGUGGCCGGCUCGUGCCUGGCUGGGGUCGCCAACGCCGCCCUCCACACCAGCCUGGCCCUCGGGCUGCGCUUCUGCGGCCCCAACGUCAUCGACCACUUCUACUGCGAGGCGCCGCCGCUCUUCGCCCUGUCCUGCACGGACCCGGUGCCCAACGAGCUGGGGAUGUUCAUCAUGGCCGGCUUCAACCUGGCCGCCACCAUCCUGGCCAUCCUCCUCUCCUACGCCUUCAUCCUGGCCGCCGUCCUGGGCGCGCGCUCGGCCGCGGGGAAGCGCAAGGCCUUCUCCACCUGCGCGUCCCACCUGGCUGUCGUGCUGCUCUUCUACGGGUGCCUCUUGUCCAUGUACUCCCGGCGCAGCUCCAGGAGCUCCCGGCAGCGAGACAAGGUGGCCUCUGUGUUCUACACCAUGGUGACGCCCAUGCUGAACCCCUUCAUCUACAGCCUGAGGAACCAGGAGGUGAAGGCCGGGCUCUGGAGACUGAUGGGGAGGAAACAUUCAGCUGAAAAAUAG